UCUCCACCGAUGUUCCACAUGUCUUAAAAUGAUGCGAAACGUGAGAGUGUGACAGCCUACUACAUGAUAGAUCAAUAUCGCUUCGCACUUAAUCGAAAUAAGCUAUGGGCAAAAGUAAGACUAACAAAUUUAGACGUCCACAGUUCAACGCAGAGGGACUGUCGGUAACUGCUGUAAAGGAAAUGGAACAGGACCACGGUGAAUUCUUUGAUGGAGUCGACUCUCCAACUGGGGAGUUACUGGAGAAAUUGCAGAGUCCCAGUGCAGACGUGCGUGAGUUUGCCUGUGCCAGCAUAUCACGCGUGGUGCAGCAGAGCCAGACCAUCCCAGGCUUCCUCCAGCGGGAUGCGGUGAGACGUCUCGGGCCCCUAAUGCUGGACCGCAGCCUGGCCGUCAGGGAGACUGCCACAGGGGCACUCAGGAACCUGAGUGCCUGUGGGGGUCAUGAGGUGUGUGACGACAUGGUGAAACAGGACGUCAUGACUCCUCUGACUGCUCUGCUUCGAGAGUGCUGUGCUGGGUUUGAGACCAAUGCUGCCCUCUCGUUAAAAGGGCAUAAAAACACAGUCGAAGAUGUCGCCAAUGAAGCAGUUAACUUGCUGUGGAAUCUCUGUGAGAGCAGUAGCCAGGCACUCUCUGUGUUCAACAAAGCAGGCAUUCUGGAUGUUAUCCUACAGUGUCUGUCGCGGCACACUCACAACAUCAAGCUGGCUUUGUCUGCAGCCCACUGUUUGCACACAGUGACUGAGGACAAUGCAGAGUUGCUGUGUAGUAUGAGCAAUGCUGUAUUAGGGACUCUAGAGAGUGUGCUGCUAUCCUCACAGGCGGACAUGGCUCACACACUGCUCAGGACACUGGCUGCAGGGUCAGUGUGGAACCUGAAGAGCAGCCUGCCCACGGCCCGCCAGGCCCAGACCCUCAACGCCCUGAUGGCCACCCUGUCCCAGUGCUUGGAGCUGGAUGCUGGCACGCUGAUACCCCAGCUCCGCCAGGCUGAGGUGGCCCGCAGUGCCACUGCCUCAGAGGCAGGGAACGUGGAUGACCACCAGGCAGCUGUAGGGAAUAUGGCUGUAGAGGAGAUGGAUGAUGAUGAGGAGGAGGGGGUUGGACUGAGGAGGAAUGGAAAGGCAACCAAGAUGGAUAAAGACUUCUCUGACCUCCUGCCUAGGGGCAAGGAGGAGCUGAGGGAGGCGACGGCCUUGCUGACAGCCCAGCAGACGUCCUUGGAGAUCAUCGUCAACAUGUGCUGCUCUGAUGACCCGUCAGACGAUGAGUGGGAGGAGGCGUCGAGCAGCGACGAGAGUGAGAUGUGUCCUGGCGGCCUCUCUGAAGGGAACACCAGCCUCCUGUCCCCACUGUGUCUGUCUGCUGAGGUCCACGGGGCCCUGAUCAACCACAACAUCCCAGAGAAGCCACUACACUGUAUGAAGGUGAUAUCCAUCCAUGUCUAUAUGUUCAAGGUUCUCAAGAAGACCCAGUUCCCCAGCAGCGAAGCCAUGGACGUAUGUCGUCACAAUCCCACCUGGAAAAUCUUGAUGAAAAAGAUGCAUCGGGUGCAGUACAGGGCCCUGACAUGCCUUCACAACAUGCUGUCUACUAUGGACGCUGAGUCCCUAGGGGGAGCAGCCGCUCUUCAGGCUGUUGCACAACACCUGUCCACGCUGGUCUUCAGUCCUCCUGAGAUCCCUAAGGAGGAGGAAUUCCUUGAGGCAGUUACCAGUGCCAUACGAUCCCUCUUACAGAUCAUAGCCUAUAUGAAAAUCCCACAGUGUAUGACCCCCCAGCAGAUGAUGAGCCUGAGCGAGGCAGCGACCCGCUGUGACGUGGUCAGUGUGAGAGUGAACGCUCUGGCCAUCCUAGGCAUCACAGGAAGCACACUGGCUAAAGAGAAGGGGACAGCUGAAACUCUACGGAUGAUUGGCAAUGCCUUACUCCAAGUUGCAACAAAGGAUGCCAACCUUGUGGUUUGUGGAGAGGCCCUGGAUGCUCUGUUCGAUGUUUUUGCGGAUGGAGAUGAGGCAGAGAGAGCAGCUGAAAACAUCAACUUACUGUCUGCUCUGAAGGCACUUCAACCCAUCUUCAAGGCUAAGAUUCGUAAAGAAGGGAAGGGAAAGUACAGCCCUGAGCAGCUGUGUGUGGUGGACAACGUCAAAGUCAACCUAAGAAGGUUUAUUGGCUACUUGGAGACUGUGGUGAAAAAAUGAUAGCAGCCUGACACUACUACACCAUCUGGCUGAGAUGAAAUGACUCAGAAUAUACAGUAUAAUAGACCCUCAUUAAAGGGACUGUUCAAUCCAAAAAUCAUUGUUUUGGAGUGAACUAUCCCUUGAACAUCAAAAUAACAGAUUUUCAUGGUGGUUAUCUUUUUGUUUUAACGUUCUGACUGAAAUGCGUAACUAUUGUCCUUGGUAAGUGAGUGUUUACAUAAUUAUGUGUACAAAAAAGAUGUGCACUAUUUUAAAUGAAUGAAUGUUGCGGUACAUAGUGACAAAUUAUUUUACUUUAUGUAUAAAAGUACCUUUCAAUGUGCUGUAUUUUAAAGAAAUUGACAGAACAUAUUAUGGUUUAUUUUACACAUUUAUCAACCAACUCUCACGUCACACACUAUCAUACUGUAGCCCUCCAUGUUAGGAAUGACCAGUUGUAGUAUUCAUGUGCUUCUCACACAAGAAUCCGCUAUCUGACCCCAUGUCAUGACUCUGGUGUCAUGGAAAAUGAGAUGGACAGGCCCAGUGUCAACUGAUCAUGUGAGAUGUCAUGAAUAAAGCAGAACUUGCCAUCCAUUUACAAGGGGAUUUAGUUAACAUGAUUUGGGUUGCUGAAAGUAAAUUGAUUACCUUGUUCUGAUAUUUAGCGAGAAUAUAAAAUAAAAUGUAUUUUAUG